AUGUGCCCCGCGACACAAACAAGGAAGGCGACGACAUCGCCAAAAGGGCCUCGAGGCAUCGGCCCCAGGAGUCUGGCUGCGGAGCCUACGCUGCAUCAGGAGGAGCUCCCCCCGCCACCAACGUUGGGAGCCCCGGCCUGCGGCCCGACCUCUGGAGCGCGCUUUCUCCUGACGCUCGAACCCCAGGAGGGGUGCUGGACUGAAGAAUUCAAGGCGUACCUGCUGCAAGGAACCCUGCCGGAGAAGGAGGAGGACGCGGAGUGCGUGGCUCGGCAAGCUACAGCAUAUUGCCUCCGGGAUGGUGAGCUAUACCGGAAACGACCGAAUAAUGUUUCCUUGCGAUGCAUCUCCAGGGACCAGGGGUGUGAGCUGCUAGCCGACAUACACGGCGGAGACUACGGACAUCAUUCGUCGUCGCGCACCAUGGUGGGCAAGGCGUUCCGCAUCGGAUUCUACCGGCCCACGGCACUCAACGACGCAACCAAGGAGGACGGCAGUUGCCCGACGCUCUCCCUCAUGCGCCUCGCGCGGGGGCUGGGCAGGUGUCUGCGCGUGCUGGGCUAG